UCUGCAACACCACGUCCACUUCCGGUUUUUGAGGACACGUCACUCAUUCGACUGAGGAAACGGAGCCGUGCAAAAACUGACUAAAUUUCUGCUAAAUAGACAGCAAAAAUCAUGUCGAACUCAGUCAUAUCUGUUAUUUCUCGGUUUCUGGAGGAGUACGGCACCACGACGCCCAACAAGCUCAAAGUGGUGGACGCAUAUCUGCUGUACAUCUUGUUAACAGGAGCCCUGCAGUUCCUCUACUGUCUCCUCGUCGGCACCUUUCCAUUCAAUAGCUUUCUCUCGGGCUUCAUCUCAUGUGUGGGCUCCUUCAUUCUUGCAGUCUGUCUUCGUAUCCAGAUCAACCCGCAGAACAAAGGCGAGUUUCUGUCCAUCUCCCCGGAGAGAGCCUUCGCUGACUUCCUUUUCGCUCACACUGUCCUCCAUCUUGUUGUGAUGAACUUCAUUGGCUGAAGCAGUCACAUCACAGCAAAAGAAGUUAUUAAACUCUCCGCUGAUUUGGACCGCCCCACCCUCACCGAAUAAGCCGGAUCUGGUCACAUAUGAUGCAGUGCUACUUUUUUCUAAUUUCUUUCUACUUUUAUGUAAAACAUUUUUUAUGUCAAAAUUUGUUCUGCAUUCCUGUAAUGUACUGACACAAAGAAAUAAAAACGACUGUAAUGGUGA